GGUACGCAUACCCACUAAGCCACUGGCCCCAAUAUCUGUACGCAAUCGCAAUGGGACGACGGUGCCAUUGUGGUACGAGGAAAUUUUGACGAGCCAACAGGUUCCGAGGAAAGAGCGCUCGCGGCCUUGGUGCAGCCGCUGGAACUGUCAAACCGACGACGACAACGUUUGGCCAAAUCGCCGUCAUGGUAUAAGGACGGAUUUUUUACACUUCCACGACCCUCUCGAUCCUGUCACAUUUGGCAAGUGACGUUCGCCCGAAAAAUUCCCUCCAUGACAGUCUCAACUCAAUGAACUUUCUACCGUUGAUCCUAAUCCUGCUGCACCUUGUUUGCACACCCUGCGCACCUGCAGGUGAAGAUCGACCCAAAGAAGGUGGAGGAGGAGGAGGAGGAGCAUGCAAAACCGGCGCGGUGUCUCCCCAAAAGGCGGCAAGUAUUGCCCAGAAAGCAGCCCAGGAGGCCAAAGCAGCCGAAGAUGCUCAGCAACAGGCCGGCCAGCAAGCGGCGCACCAGGUUAAGGAGCAGCUAGCCGAAAAGGCCAUGGAGGCUUCCAAGGCGGCCGAGGCUGCUCUAGCAGGUAAACAGGAGCUAGUGGAGCAGCUGCGGAAGGAAAUCCAGGAGGCGGAGAUAGUAGUCCAGGAGGAGCAAGCUAGUUUGCAGCAGCUGCAAGCCACGGCGCAAGCCGCCUCUAAAGCCGUCCAGGAAGCCCAGGCCGAGGUGAAGCUGCUGUCCACCGCUUUGCAGCUAGCCCAAGGGAACGAAGCUAACGCCGCUCAGGCGCAAGAAGGGGUGCAGCAGCAGCUAAGCGAGAAGGAACAGCUGAUGGAUGCCGCAACCACUAGGUUGGAGCAGCUGAAGAAGCAGCUGCAGGUGGCGAAGACGGAACUGAACACCACAAAAGAGGCGGCGAGGAAGGCGGCAGCGGCGGCUAACGAGGCCAAGCAGAACGUCAUGAGGAACAGAAGGAAGGUGUAUAGGAGUAAUGCGGAGGAGAAGAGAUAGGGUGCUUUUGUGUAUUUUUUAUUUUAUUAAACGGAUUUUCUGGCA